AUGAUCACUUAUCUGUCGAUUUUGUACAACAGCCCGUUGUCUCAUCCUCUUAAUCUUCCUCAACUUAUUAUCAGGAAUAAUGGAAACGGCCCAGACAACACUCCAAUGCCGUCCACAGCACCUCCAUCGCUCUAUGAACCUGAUGACGAUCAGGGUAGUUUCUCUUCAUAUGAAGACUCACCUGGACCAUCGCCGAACAACUCGUCCUUCUAUGAUCCGCUGCCAGGGCCGUCAUCCAGUAGUCACUUGUACGAUGUGCCAGCUGUGCCCGAGCAGAACACUGAUCACUUCAACAAAUUAGCCGAGGAACUUUUAUCGACUGAAGAACGUUAUCUUGGUGAUCUGCUGUUAGCUAAGAAGCUGUUUCAUGACACACUUAUCACAUUGCCUUACCGACACGAAGUGACGAUAAUAUUUCGACACUGGGAUCAGCUGAUCGACGUCUCACGAAAAAUCUACCUGGGACUGAAGAAUUGUACCUCUCCGGGCCAUCAACAAAGGCCCUGGGACGCACUGAAUAAGCUGUUAUCUCAUCCAGACGCACAGAAGCUCUACACGAAGUGCACGUCGAGCGUUGCGGCUCGUGGCAUGAGCCUGAGCACAUACCCGCUGCUGAUUGAGAAAAUCCUCAAGGAGAGCAAUCCGAAAGGCGAAUUGCAUCAGGAGCUGGAUACUGCUCUACAACUACUUCGUGCUCUUGUUUCUGAAGUGAAUCAUGCUGUGACUGAAGAGGAGAAUGUGUUCCUCUUACGUUGGGCCCAAUUACAUGUAAAAUGUCAUCCGUCACUACCUCUUGACUUCACCUCGGACACACGCCUUUUGGGAAUGCGGUUAUUCCUUCACUCUGGCGUACUGUACAAACAACGAAGUGGGCGUCUUUUAGUGGGUAUUCUAUUCAACGACUUCCUUCUACUCACUACGCCGGAUGGACACUUAUCAAAGGUGAGCUAA